CUAGGCUUUUCCUAACGUCUGGUAAGUGUUGGGGCUAAUAAGUUCGUGCUGCUUAUUUUUCUUUUCUUGGCCAUCAAGGUUUCAGGGGGGCAGAGAGAGAGAGAGCGGGAGUCUUUGUCGUUCGAGGGAUCUUCCGCCAUUUUCUGAUUCCUCAUCGAGGUUUAAUCAUGAAGCUUGAUACAAGUGGUCUUGAGUCAUUUGCUCCGCAUCAAGGAGUUGACGCUGAAUUUAAAGAACUUUCGCCAGUUGCAUCGUUCGAAUUCCCCAAUGUUACAAAUUUUGAUGAUUUUCAGAAAAAAGCAGUUCAGAUGGUGAAGCCUGCAAAAGGGACAACGACACUAGCAUUUAUAUUCAAAGAUGGAGUUAUGGUUGCUGCUGAUUCUCGUGCUAGCAUGGGAGCGUAUAUAUCUUCACAAUCUGUCAAGAAAAUCAUUGAGAUCAAUCCAUAUAUGCUUGGCACAAUGGCUGGUGGAGCAGCUGAUUGCCAAUUUUGGCACAGGAAUUUGGGCAUCAAGUGCCGUUUGCAUGAGCUGGCAAACAAGCGGAGGAUUUCAGUUACUGGCGCUUCUAAAUUGCUUGCAAAUAUUCUUUAUUCUUAUCGUGGAAUGGGCCUGUCCGUUGGUACAAUGAUUGCUGGAUGGGAUGAAGCGGGCCCUGGUUUAUAUUAUGUUGAUAGCGAAGGUGGAAGACUUAAAGGGACACGUUUCUCAGUUGGAUCAGGUUCACCAUAUGCAUAUGGUGUUUUGGACAGUGGUUAUCGUUGGGAUUUAUCAAUUGAGGAGGCUGCUGAACUUGCACGCCGGGCAAUUUAUCAUGCAACAUUCCGAGAUGGUGCUAGUGGAGGGGUUGCUAGCGUUUAUUACGUUGGGCGCGACGGCUGGAGGAAGCUCUCAGGAGAUGACGUAGGUGAUCUUCAUUACAAAUACUACCCGGUUGUUCAAGAAGAGGAAAUGACAGAAGCUGCAGCAGCUUAAACCAUUAAGUUUUCGUAGAAGCAUAGCAGUUGGCCACUGAAACUUUGCGAAGAGGUGGAUGAAUUUUGCUGCAACAAAUGCUUGGCAUGCGUAUGCAAGAAAAUAUUAUGGCUGUGAUUGACAUCUGGUCGUAAACAGAGAAUCACUGGGAUGAACUCUUGCUUCAAGACAGUGAAGUUAACGCAUUCUUGAUGGUUCUUUCUUUGUUGAGUUGAUGUUUAAUGUGUUUUAACGAAUCAACUAUGGUCCCUUAACGUCGGAUCGUUAUGCUGGUACCUUGAUUGGGAUUAAGACUCAGUUAGGCUUUAGCUUCUUUUUGUAGAAGCAAUUGGAUUACGUGUGAUCUUUGACAA